GAACAUAUAUAUCUCAUUAUAUUGUCGCUUUAUGAAAACAAUCUUAAGUUUUUACAGAAAAUGAACGUUGUGUUGCAUAGAGCUCCAUCUAUCCAAAUUAACUUUUUUUUAUCAAGGUAAAAGAAAUCCAUGCCAUAGGGAUUGUAAGUUAACAGAAUUAUAGGCAAUCGGAUUUCAGUGUAAUCGGAAUUAUAUCCAAUAAAAUUUCUAGGCAAUCGGAUUCUAAGUAAUCGGAAUUCUAGGUAAUCGGUAAUCUAUCUCAUAGAAAUUCUACGUCAUGGAUAAUUUGAGUAAUCGGAUUUUGGGUUAUGGAAAUCUAGGUAAUCGGGAUCUAAGUCACCGGUAAUCUAACUCAUUGGUCUACACCUAAUAGACGUCUUCCCAGAAAAACAAUUAUAAAUUUUAAAAAACUUUUGUUUUUAUUUAAAUAACAUUCUUUUUCCAACAAUCAGUUAUUGAAAAAUGGUGAAGUUGUGUUAUUUAUGUGAUAGAAAAGCGUCGAGAGCUGACAAUAUUUCUUUGCAUCAUUUUAGAUUUCCGAAAAAUUUGGAGAUACGUUUGAAGUGGCUAAAUACUUGUGGAUUAACUGAAAAUGAUGAUGUAAAAAGAACUUGCAUAUGUUCCAGACAUUUCAAAGCUGAUGAUAUUUUUCAAUCAAAAAUUUUUGGAGUUGUUAAAUCUUCUAUAAAACGUAAUGCAGUUCUUACACUUUAUUUAACAAAUCCACUCAGUAUUGAUAAAACUAGUAAAUUACCACCAAACACGCCGCUAUCGGAAGUAUUUGAUGAGAAUGGAGUCAGCAAUCAAUCGUCAUCAUGUUUUUCUGAGAAUAAUAUUGUCAACCAAUAUAAUGUACUCAAUACUUUGCAAAAAAGUCCAAAAAAAUGUUUUGAAGUAGACAAUACUGAAUGUCAAACCUCAAAUAAUAGUAGCAUUAAUUUUGGAGCCUCUUGUAACCAAUCUGAUUUAAAUGAAUUUAUAGAAAAUGCAAAAUCAAAUCCUAUCAGCGAAGACGAAAAUACUGUUCCACAUGAAAUUGAUUCCCCAAAUCAAUUUCGAAAGCGUAAAUUUUACGAGCCUCGUCAUGUUAGUGAAAUUUCAAUACCAGAUUUUGCGACCCCUAAAAGGAGUAAAAGAACCCUUUCUUUAAUAAAAGAGACUGAUAAAAAAAAAAUCGGAUAAAAUAAAGCAGCUACAGAGGCAAACGAGGAACCUCGAGAAAAAAAUUUCAUCUUUGCAAGAUUUAAUAAAUCAUCUUAAGGAAAACCGUAUGUUAACUGAUGAGAGUGGUGAUGCUCUAAUGGUAUAGUAUAUUCUAACUAAUAUAAAUUGUAUAAUUAUAAAAUUGUAAAUAUUUUACACAAAUGUUAUGGAUCACGAAUUUAACUAAUAAUUUAGUUUAUUGAUGUUUUAUGAUAAGGUAUUUAUCAUCAAAUAUUUGUAGCAAUUGUACAUAUUUACUUUAUUUUUCUUUUCUCAGCGGAUUUCGGUAUAAAAAUUUUAACUAAUAUUAAAUAUUUCGCUUAUCA